AUGCUCUUGAACGAACUGGUCAAAUCCGGUCCACUGGCCAAGAUCUGGUUAUCUGCCCAUCAAGAGAAGAAGUUGAGUAAAGCCCAGGCGUUGGGUGUCGAUGUCGGAGAGAGUGUUGACGCAAUUUUGACGCAAGAUGCCGCUCGUCCUCUGCGAUCAUCGGGGCCAUUGAUGUUGGGUGUAGUGAGGAUCUAUUCACGUAAAGUUGGAUACCUAUUUGACGAUUGUAAAGAAGCAAGAGAACGUAUAUCUUUGGCAUUCCGACCUGGUAUUGUUGAUUUACCAGAAGAUCAAAUACGAGCGAAUAAAAAUGCUAUUACUUUCCCUGAUGUCAGAAACGAAUUUGAUUUCUUGGAUUGGACAUGGACCGGACCUUCUUUCGCUGCUCCCGAAAUACCAUUAGCAGGAGCACCUAUCAAUGUUCCUCGAACACGUGAAUUCGGUGCAUAUAACUUUGGUAGACCUGCCGCUCCUUCCAUUUAUGGUGGUUCAACAGCUGCUUCUCGUUCAUCACAAGAUUUAGAUGGAAGUGGUCUUGAUUCAAACGACUUUUCUGGAAUUGAUCUGGGGUUGAAUCUAGAAGGCGAUUUCACGAUGGACGUUGAAACGGGAAGAGAUGUCAUGACUCCAUUGUCAAGAUACAGUAGAGAAGGAAGUGCGAAAAGAGGUGCAAGUAGAGAAUCAGUCGGAUUUGGAAGUAUUCAAGGUGGUGAUCUCGGUGGUAUAGAACCAUUAGACCUAGGUUUAGAUUUCGAUAACGUUGAUCAACCAUUACCAGAAUUAGAAAUCAGGACGAGAAGGGAAACGAGCGCUUUGUCAACACCGCCACCACUGUCUCCUACUCCAGGAGAAGUCCCCACUCUCUCACCUCGUACCGCCGCUCAAUUAGCAGCCGUCCCUCAAGUUGCCGCCAAGCCUAAACGACCUCGACUGCUCCAAGCUGAUGAAGAACUUGAACUUGCCGAUGAACCUCGAGACGUUUCUUCUAUUUUAGGUGAAGAACGAUAUAUUCCUUCCAACCCUGAAGUUAUACGACUUCAAGAGAUUAUCUCUGAUCCAUCCUCUCACUUUUUACCCAUCAUCAAGGUUGGAGGAGAGAAUAUGAUAUUCGCUGGACCUCAAGGACUCGCUCCUGAAUUAGCGGAAUUAUUCACUUUCCCUUCCAACGUUCUCAGGCGAUCACGAGUUGCAGAAGAAGAAGAAGAACAAGAAGGUGAUAGAGCAAAUAAAAGACCUCGAAUGGGCGAAGAAGAGGAAGAAGAUAUCGAAGUGGGAAGAAGAGUUGAAAGAGCUAGUGAAAUUCCAUUUGAUUUCCCAUCAGGUUAUGGACAAGGUGUCGAUGAUUCCUUCGCUUUCCAACCUGAAGAUUUACCUAUCGAUGAUCCUUUAAUCACUCCUCGAGCACAACGCGUACUUCCUCGAGAAAGAGAACCUUCGAUCGCACCUUCAAGGGCGGAAUCCAUUUUUAGAGGAAUUCAAUAUGGGGGCGAAGCAGGUGAAUUCACUCUGGCAAUGUUCGAUGCUCGUACGUCAUCAGCAAGAGAAGAAGCUUCUCAAUUGAGUCAACUUUCAACACCUACCAAAGCAAGUGAAAGGACUACUGCUAGCGGAUUCUCCAAAAACACCUCGAUGGCUAUGGGUUUAUUGAGGAAAGAGCUUGAUGCGAUUGAAGAAGGUGAAAAGGUGGCUUCAUUCGAGAAAUUAGCUGAUAAGAGUACUAAACGAGCGGCAUCUUCAUUCUUCUUUGAGCUUCUCGUACUAGGUACAAGGGAUUGUGUUAAGCUUGAUCAGAAUACUCCAUAUGAAGAUAUCAAAGUUAGGGGUAAAGAUAAGUUGUGGCCUGAAGGUGAAGGUGAAGCAUCCGUAGGCGUCACAGCCUAA